AAAAUGUUGGGAAUAAUUUUCGUACUGAUAUUUAAUUUCUACAUUUCUGCUGCAGACGUGGCUGCAACAUUUGGUGGCACAUUGAAUUUAGCUUGUAGUUUAACAUCAGAUGUAACGAAUGGUGUAUUUGGAUGGCAUCAAAAAACAGUGCGGAUAAAUGGUGGGCUACUAUUUCAAACAAAAACAAAUAUGGAGGCUACCGAGGAACAAAUCUAACCAUUAAAAACAUUGAUACAAAUGAUGCCGGGGUUUAUCGUUGUUUUUCAUAUGACGAGAUAAAAAGGCUCGCAAAAUAUGGUUCCAAUAUAACAGUGGUGGUACCAGAAAGUCCUCUUUUACCUUCUACAACUACCGCUGCAAUAACGACUACAACUCAAACUACUACCACACCUAUUACCACAACUACUCCAGCUACUACAACAACUAAUCCAACUACGACAACUCCAACUACAACAACUACUCAAACUACUAUGAAUCGUCCACCAGACCAAGAGAAGACUGGUGAUGACAUAGACCCAAUUAUCCCAAUCGUUUGUGGUGGAAUAGGAGGAAUAGUUGUAUGUGUUGCUGUGUUUAUCAUCUGCUUUGUACUCCAACGGAGACGCGUUUUUAAGAAAAGACAAGAAUCAAGCUACGAAACAAAUAAGAUUAUAAAUGCGGAAACUCAUGCGUACGGUAUAACGGACACUAACCAUGAAUAUUGCAAUUCCACCAUAAAGCAAACUACAGCCACGAAUAACGAUAUCCCUUUGAUGGAAGGGGAUUGUUUGCUUGAAAAGUAUAAUGUUUCUGAGUUAACAAAACGUAUAGGCGACGCAGAUUUACUUGAAGCAAAAAUGAGAGCAGAAUUUAUGUUCUUAGAAUCCAAUGUCUCGAAAGUGGAUGUCUUUAUCAACGAUUACGACGAAGUAGUCAAUACAAAUAAAACGGAUGUAUCGACAGCAGAAUCAAAGAUGAUGUAUAUAAAGCGGAGUGCAGAUGAUAUUUUCCUAUUUAGUACUUUGCCUGACGAUGGUAAUAUUGAACAGUUCUGGAGUAUGAUUCUCAACCACAACGUUGAAAAUAUUAUUAUGAUGGUACAGAAGAAUGAAAAGAGUUCCAGUUUUUAUCCAACUCAAGACGAUGUUUUCAAGGUGGCAAUGUUAGAAAUAGAAAUGCAGUCUUCCGAGAAAAUGAAUGACAACAUAUGUUUGCUCAGGUUUUCCUUAUCUGAUAAGAAUACAAAAACAAAGAAGCCCGUGAAAAUCUUCAAAACAGUUAAAUGGGAUGAUUCUGAUACACAUCCUCCGUUAGAAACCAUCUGUUCAUUACUUGAUAAAGUUAAAGUGAAAGAGGGUCAACCAGUUACGUUAGUUGGAAGUUGCUUUAUUGCCACUUUUUUCUCUAUAUAUACUAUAGCAAAGGGAAAGGCUUUUCUGUUUGUGCUGCUGUCAGUUUGUGUCUAUAUUCUGUCAGCGCAAUCGAAAGGGAGACGACAUUUUCAUUGUUGGAAUAUGCAACAGUACUCAAAAGAAUUGAGGAUGACUUCAUCAAAGUCUUUAAAGAUUAUGAGUUUUGUUACGAAGUAAUGGCACAGUACUUGGAGACACUUCAUACAUAUUCGUUUAUCGAAUAACUUACCAGACUAGCUGUUUAUCAAUAUCAUUCAAUCAUUGUUUUCUUCUAUAAAUAUAUUUAAGAGGAUGCAGUUUCAUUACAAUAUCAAGACAAACAUAUGAACACAGAUAACGUGUUUUGACGUCUUGCUAAGAAUGUUAAGACUUCCUAUCAAACCUGUUAAAUUGCUGGUCUUUGGAUUGCCAUCAGAAGACAAAUCUUGCAUGGAAUAUAAUGAAUAACUGUGAUUUUGAUAUAAAGAAAAACAACAAAAAAUUUACUCCAUUGAUAUAGUCUUUUUGUGUUCAAACUCAUCAUUCUUUGUUUUCCACUAUAUUUUGUAUGUGUAUGUUUUUCAAUUUUAUUUUUGUAUUUCUAAAUAUAAAUUAUAUUAUUUUG